CGGCGGCGGCCGCGCGCUCCCCGGACUGCAGGCGGGAGCUCGGGGGAUCCCGGCUGAGCUCUGUAGAGCUGGCCGGGCAGGCCCGGAGAUCCCCGGUACCCGGAGCGGGCCCGGCCUGAACGUGAUGCCAGUUUGGCCAGAGCCUUGGGGACGCAGCCUUGGGGACGCAGCAACUUGGUGAGGGGGACAGGGCUCCGGACUAGACAGCACCCACCCGAGCUGGCCGCUCCCGCCUGCAGUCUGCCUUUAGGAGUCGUGGUCCCGGGCUCAGAGGCAAGGAGAACCUCAGGUCGGCGGGUGGAACCACUGGGCACCGCCGUGGGAGAGGUAGAGUGAGUCUGAGGUCAGUGGAUGAACAGACAGAAGCUGAAAGAUCUCCAAAAAGGAUGCGUGAGAGGGCCGCGCAGAACGGGAGCACGGGCGGCUGGCUGCUGGCACUUUGCCUGGCGUGGCUGUGGACCCGCCUGGCUUCGGCCUCCUUGCAGCCUCCAACUCCAACAGUCCCCGUGAAGCAGGGCACCUGUGAGGUGAGCGCUCACCGCUGCUGUAACCGGAACCGCAUCGAGGAGCGCUCCCAGACCGUCAAGUGCUCUUGCUUUUCUGGCCAGGUGGCCGGCACCACUCGGGCCAAGCCCUCCUGCGUGGAUGCCUCCAUCGUCCUGCAGAGGUGGUGGUGUCAGAUGGAGCCCUGCCUGCCUGGGGAGGAGUGUAAAGUGCUCCCGGAUCUGUCGGGUUGGAGCUGCAGCAGUGGACACAAAGUCAAAACCACCAAGGUCACACGAUAGCUCUUGGGGUCACGUCCUGAACAGGACAGCUUGAUUAAGCCACAGACUGGAGAACGGUGUCCAGUUAUCAGUCACCAAACGUGGAGAUUCACUUACCCCGACCCACACCCUGUGCCAAGUACCGCAGCAUUCUUUCCAGGGGCAUUUCAGUCGAGCUGCUCAGCAGAUACAGAGCACGUGUCUCCAGGCCUGUGGUGUUGGUUCUAGGGGACACAGAGGAAAGUCAAGAUACCAUUCCUGCCCGUAGGGAAUGUUCAGUCAAGUUGGAGAGCUGAUGAAAGACACUCUAGAUAGUUUAGAUUAAAGUAUGUGGUAUCAGACAGUGGCUUCUGGACCAUAUGCUAUGAACAUGUUGGGGGUGUGGGGAUGAGACUCCCACAGCUCUUUGGCCACCCCCGGCCACAGGGCACAGGCAGGAGGUCACAUUCACCACCCACUGCUUCCCUCCCUCACAUCAGUCGGAAUCCCCGGCAAGCUGCUGAAGGAGAACACUCUCCCCUGAUGCCAGACCUGCUGUACCUCGUUUGGAUGGGACUGAUUUGACUCGGGAGAGGGAAACAGAGAUGAAAGCAAGUAACUUGCCAGCAAAGCUUCUGCAGAGGCCUGGCCUGCUCCGGGCUGCUUACUGGGUAUGGGCUGGACGGGACCGUAAAAUCACCCCCAUCCAAGCACCUCCGGUUUUUGUUUGUUUGCUUGUUUUAACAGAGGAGGGCACUGAGUCCAAGAGAGGCGAGGUGACUUGCCCAAGUUGUCACAUCUUGGGCUCUCAGAUCUUUAAGACUGCUGACCUUUCACUUGGCCUGGAUUUUGGGGUUCCAGCCUAGGCCUUCCAUAUUGGUUUCAUCUCAAGAACAGAAACCUGCAAAGAACUGGCCAGUCAGCACAAUGUUUCUGAGCAGGAAGUUUUACCAAGGUCACUCUUACCUGAAGUAUCCAGAAUAUCUGCACAUCAGGAUGCAGGGCCACUGGGUCUCCACUCUGCCCUCAGCCCCAAAACUUCCAAACAGACCCUGGGACAACCCAGAGGUCCCUCAGCCUAGUGAGAAGCAGGCAGUCUGAGCUGGCAGCCCCACUGCCACUCUCACCCAUCUCUUCCGGAGUCCUUAGGCCAUACCUCUCAGAGGCUCUGGCUCCAAGAGAGGGUCUGGGUGGCGUCCAGGGCUGGUCACAGUCUUCUCCCUUCAGAGGCCCUGCUGGGCAGGAGGGGAGCACUUGCUGGGCCUGAUGGAGCCUCUGUCCAGGACUGAGGGUCAGACGGUUUGCAGAUGACACACAGGCCUCAGGAACUCAGAGACACCCGUUACUUGGAUGUCUCAUCAGUAAGAGAAUUACUGCUGGCGUCAACCCGCAUCAGCCGGGAUCCCCUGGGAUCACCAGCAUCACAGAGUGUGAUGGGGCCUUGAGGGAAGGGGCGUCAGUAGAGACAAAUGGGGACAGUGCUGAAUUCUGACCCUUGGAGAAGACAAAUCAGAUGAUGAGUUGGGGCAGAGUCUCCGCCGCUCCCUGCUUCUCUCCCUCCCUCCCCGUGCAGUAGAGUCAAGAUCAUUCCCCUACUCCAGGGCUCUUGUUUUUGCAUUUUUUGUUUGUUUUUGGUAAUGGGGUGAACAAUGUGCGGCUUCCCACUAGACUAUAGAUGUCAGCGCUUGACAACUCUCAAUCUCUGCAGAGUGGGGUCCCAGUGGGGGUAGUCAAGGAGUAGGUCAAAAGUUGUCAUCAUGUCCUGCAAGGUUGGAGAAUUAAUUAAGGGGUUGGCAUACUUUCUGGAAAGGAUAGUAUGUAUUUUGGGCUCUGCAGGCACCAAACAGUUUCUGUGGCAUAUUCUUCUUCGUUUUUGUUGUCAUUUGUUUCAUACUAUCUUUAAAAAAACUUUUAAAAAAUGUAAAAACCAUUCUUAGCGCAACCUGGUACAAAACCAGGCCCUAGGCAAAUUUUGGAAGGUUGCCAACCAACCCCAGUGAACUUUGAAGGCAGAUCAUCCCUGCAGCUUGAGUCUGCCUCCCUCCGGUCUGCCUGCAGAGCAGUGGGAACCUGAGCGUGAGGGCUGGGUCAGGUUUUGUUUUUCUUCUAAUGUUCCUUGAGAGAUUGGUGAGUGAAUUAUUUAGGCUACAAAUGAGACAGCUUUAGCAGUCAGACAAUAAGAGCCUGAUCUCCUCAAGGCCAGGAUGCGGGCUUCUCCACUCCCUCCCCAUCCUUCGAGACUGUGUCCAGGAGGGAGGGAGAGGGCUCCGACCCUUGUCCAUCUGCUGCAUCCACAGAAGCUGAGCUGUGAGCCAGGGGAUGAGCCUGAGAGAGUGAGGGUUAUGCUGUCCAAACUUCCCAAAAGCCACCAACCACCCCAGCCCCUGCCUCAGCCAAAGUCCAGCCCCCUUGAUCCCCCCUGACCUCCCUCAUCCCUGCUGCAGAGAAGACCUCUUUCCUCUGGCACGUGCUGGAGUUUGCUAAUGCUUUUUUUAACCCCUCAAAGCCUCCAUUUCCUCCUGGCUUAUUCAUUGGUUUAUUUGGUGGGCUUUGAGGGAUAUUCUGUGUGUUGUCAGGUAAGCCCCACACGUGAGGACCUGGUGGAGAAGGGAAAGCAUCUCACCUCCCAGUGGGACCUCCCCAGGGUCCUGUCUCCCACUAAGUCACUAUCUGUGCACAUCUCAUAGCUACUUUGAUGACAGCAUAGGGAUGCAAAUUAACUUUCCUGGAACAUAGAAUUCCUGGAGUCAUUGGUGUUCCUUUUUUCCCCUUAGUGGGAUGGGCUCUCCGAUUCCCUGAAGUUAGCCGGUACACCUACCUCCUCAGCUUAGAAAGGUUGCCAAGUUACAGGAGAUCAUGUGGCUAAUUUCUGUGGCCUCCUGGCAGUUUCAUUAAGGUCUGUGAGUGACAUCCUAAUUAAUGGCCCCAGACAGUAGCCUGGAGUUGAAGCCACAGCUUCCUAAAAUCACACGCUUAGAGCCAGAAGGGAUUUUAGAGAACAUUAGCUAAUUCCCUCAUUUGACAGAUGAGGAAAGGGAGCCUCAGAGAGGUUAGGUGAUUUGCUCAAAGUCACACAGCAAGCUGGAUGGCAUGUCCUGCCCAGUGAUCCAGAGAAGUGCUUUUUACACUACUACACAUUGCCUCUUUACCCUGGUACAGAUGAGGGCCCUGCAGAGAAGCCAGGGUUUUAGCAAGGAUGAAUAUGAAAGAGUCUUAUUCUAAAAUCACCUGACCCUGUGAGGACAAAAGGACAGAAUGAAGAAGAAUUGGAAGCAUUUAGAGAUAUAUGCACAGAAAGGGGAGAGGAGGGACAAAAGGGGGAUUAAGAUCACUCAUUCAGAAGAACAUCAGAACACCAAAGCACAGCACAAAAUAAUCAGAAUAAAAUUUGAUUUUUAUCCUUCUAGGAGAUAAAGAGACAGGAGGAGACAGAAUGGAAGUCCAAUCAA